GUCCUUGCUGGUUGCUACUAACGAGACCACAUAAGGAGAGGAACAAGAAAAAGAUCUACAGAACAGGUUGACGUUCUGCUACAACCAGGCAAUGAAGCCACAUACAGUUCUCUUGCUGUACCUGGGAACACUGGUUCUCCCCAUUUCUGAAGGCAAUGAGCUUCCCGAGAACAAAUUCCGUGAGCGCCGGUUCUUGUUUGGAAACAUUUUUGGUGGGGAUAACGACCCUUCUCGUGUGACAGAUAAGGUCCCAGUUUUAGAUGACUCUUCUCUGAUAGACUCAGAAUCCUUUUGUCAAGGUGGUUGUCGUGAUGGCUGGAUCAGUUAUAAGGGCCAAUGCUACAUGUAUGUUCUGGAUCAGAUGACAUGGGAAGAAGCUGAGAGGAGUUGCCAAAGCUAUGCAAUAGGAGGACACUUGACUAGCAUCUCAAGUGCAGAACAUAAUGACUUUCUUGUGAACCUAGCCACACAUCAUGGAGAAAGGACGGCCCAAUUCUGGACAGGUGGAAGCCACCGAAGGGGGUCAUCUCUAAGAUGGACGGAUGGCUCUGUGGCAAAUUUCAUUCAGCGUCCACUGAGCUCACUUCUUCACGUUGUUGGAGAAACUAUUAACAGUAUUCUGAACAUUCGCAUUUGCUUGAAGUUAAAUCUAAGCCUAGGAGGCCAGGGUAACUGGGAUGGCUCUGACUGUAGAAAGAAGCUACCCUUUGUCUGCAGCUACAAGCCUGAUCUGACACCCCCCUAACCUACUGGAGGAAGAUAAUCAGUUACACUUAAUCAGUCAUGUAGUUAAUUUACAAAUUAUUCAUUUAUUUUCUAUGCACAUGUAUACAUUCUUAUUUUCAAAAUGCCAAAGUGUCAUUCAUUAAUGGAAGAAAAGAAUUGACACAAGCCAUUAUUUAGAG